ACUCCAAAAUGGGAAAGGAUAAUUUUGGAUCCGAUACUAAAUCAGAACGACCUACAACCCGAGGCGAUACAAGUUACAACUCUGGCCUCGGACGACCACCCACAAGUUUUAAUUCCUCCGGUAUUACUAAGACUAAUUCCGGGUUAGACAAGAAGGAGACCGAAGACAAGGCUUCUGGAACCAAAGACACUUCAGGACGCCCAGCUACACGAGGGGAUACAUCUUUUAAUUCCUCUGGUGCUGAUAAGGACAAUUCUGGGUCCGAUAAGAAGCAGACCGAAGGCAAGGUCUUUGGAACUAAGGACCAAGAAACCUCAGGACGUCCAGCCACACGAGGAGAUACAUCUUUUAAUUCCUCUGGUGCUGAUAAGGACAAUUCUGGGUCCGAUAAGAAGCAGGACGAAGGCAAGGAUCGAGAAACCUCAGGACGGCCAGCCACACGAGGGAAUAUGGGAAAUUCGAAGUCCGACACGGAGACCUCCAAAGAUAAGUCGGAAGAGGACAAGGACGCGUCAAAGCGACCAGCAACCGGCUACACUCCUUCAGGACUCGGGAAGGAUAACUCCGGGUCGGACUCGAAGGACUCCGAGGACAAGGCAGAUAAGAACAAGAGUCAGGAAGCCUCGGGCCGCCCUGCCACGAGAGGAACCACGGCCCUCAGCAAGGACACCACCGGGACAGACUCGAAGAAGAACGAGAAGGCCGAUGGAAACAAGGGUCGCUUCGAGAUCAACCAGGGCUCCAACGGCAACAAAACCAGCGUAGGGACAGACAAAACUAGCUUCGGUGGAAGGAAGUAGAAAUUAACGUUAUCUAAAUCCUAAAUGUCUGCUCUCUGGCGUCAAGAAACAGGAAAAGGUUUUCUUUCUCACUGCACCCCGAGGGCACCAAGAAGUAGACAGAAGUAGAUAAUUUGCUCUCUGGACCCAAGGAAGCCAAGGAACAUAUAGGACGUGGAUUCCUGCAUUUGCACUCUACUGACGCCAAGAAGAUGGAAUCAGCUUUCUAUGAUAUUGCACGGAGCUGACUGCAUAAAAUAUUAAUAAAGAGAUUUACAGAC